AAAUUUUACAACCAGUAGAAGCCUCCAACUCUUCUACAGCUUUGGAGUGGUGAAGCCAUCCAUCCUACCGUAUCUCCUAACAGCAUUCAUAACCCAAGCCAGGCCCAGCCGCCUCCGCGAAAGAGGACCUUUGCAGGAUACCACAAGCCAUCUGUGACUUAUCCCAGUCCUGCAAAUAUGCCUCUCUUCGUCCUCGCCGAGACGCCUGCGGGCUACGGCCUGUUCAAGGCGAAAGACAAGAAGUUACUAUCACGCGAUGAUAUCGUCGAGCAGCUUUCUGGCGCCGAGGCCAUCAAUUCGAUGUUGUCGCUCAAGAAGAUGGUCAAGUUCGAGGACUCGGCCCAAGCCCUCAGCGAAUAUACCUCCCUGACGGAAGGAAAGGUCACCCCGAUGCUACAGAACCUACUCGAUGACAUCAAGGAGGAACGGAAGGCGUCGCUUGCCGUUGCCGACCCGAAAUUGGGCACCGCGAUCAAUCUUCUGCCCCAGCUCAAUAUCACUCCCGUGUCCGACUCGAGCACGAACGAACUCUUCCGCGCCAUCAGGACAUAUCUCCCCGAGCUGUUCCCCGACUUGGACAACAACUACUUGGGCAAUAUGGCCCUCGCCCUGUCUCAUUCCAUCUCUCGCCACAAGCUCAAGUUUUCUCCUGACAAGGUGGAUGUGAUGAUCGUCCAGGCUAUUAAGCUGCUCGAUGAUCUUGAUAAGGAGCUUAAUAAUUAUGCUAUGCGAGUUAAGGAGUGGUACGGUUGGCACUUUCCGGAGUUGGAUCGCAUCGUUAACGACAACCUCGCCUAUGCUCGCAUUAUCUUGCUCAUGGGCAUGCGAGAGAAUGCCGCCAACACCGACUUCUCCGAGAUUCUCCCCGAAGAUAUCGAGGCUCGAGUCAAGGCUAGCGCCGAGAUCAGCAUGGGCACCGAGAUUCUCGAAUUCGACCUGGAGAAUAUUAAGCUCCUCGCGGAGCAGGUCAUCGGGUUCACCGAAUACCGCCAGCAACUUUCGCAGUAUCUAUCGUCGCGAAUGAAGGCGCUCGCGCCCAACUUAACAGAGCUUAUAGGCGAGCUAGUCGGUGCCCGUCUUAUCGCCCACACCGGCUCGCUUCUCAGGCUCGCCAAGAGCCCGGGUAGUACCAUCCAGAUUCUCGGGGCAGAGAAGGCGCUCUUCCGGGCAUUGAAGACGAAGCAUGACACACCCAAGUACGGCAUUAUUUACCACUCAUCUCUCGUGGGACAAGCGACUGGCAAGAACAAGGGCAAGAUCGCCCGUACCCUUUCUGCGAGAGCCGCCUUAUGUCUGCGUGUUGAUGCUCUAUCCGAACUCAGCACGGAGGGUAUCGACGGUGCGGAUAUUGCCGUGGACGACGACGAGAGGGCAGACAUGGGCAUUCGGUUCCGCGCAGCACUUGAGGACAAAUUACGAAAGUUGGAGGGCAAGCCGUUGAUAUCUAAGGGCGUCAGAAUCGCUCCAAACGGCACCGUCCCGUCCACCAAAUUCGAAAUAAAGCCCACGCGAAAGUAUAAUGACGCUGUAGACACCAUCGCCACGCACAUAAAGACCCCAACCAAGCCCUUAAUACAAGAAGUAGAGGAUAUUCCGUCGGGUAAUGCGGAGGAGGCAGAGGCCGAGGAUGAGGAUGUCGAGAUGGAGAGCACGGAAAAGGCAAAACCAAAGGAGAAGAGCCUGAAGAAGAAGGACAAGAGCAAAAAGAAGGUUGUCCAGGAGAACGGCGAUGCCGCGUCCACCCCAACACAACCCGGCAAGUUGUCCGAAGCCGAAUACGCCCGACUAGCAGGAGAAGCAGGUAUCUCGGUAUCCAAAUUCAAGCGCAAGUUCGAGCGUGGCGACAUCAAGAUGAAUGUGGACGGGACGCCUCAGGUGGUGAGCAAAAAGGAACUGAAGAAGUUGAAGAAGGCGGAGGCUAAAGCUGCUGAGGCUGAGGAGGAGGAAAAUGAGGGCCCAAGCAAGAAGCGAAGGCACACCGAAGAUAGUUCAGAGAAGAAGAGCAAGAAGAAGUUGAAGAAGGAGAAGUCCUGAUAAACGUUCCUCACGCUCUUUCUUUCCCUCUGUACUAUACCAUCAAAAAGUGCAGUUGCUUUAAGUCAUGGACGGCGGCGUUCCGGGGUCAUACCAGGCUCAGUCUCGGAGUUGGAAUACUUUGACAGAUAGUUGCGUGGCUCGGGAUUGCUUCAAUGCGAGCUAGGCAGUUUCGCGCGUUGCGAUCUCUCUUUCGAGUUCAUAGUAAUCGUGCUAUCUAUCUACAAUACUUGCAGCUCUGUUGACAUACCUAGACUCCAAAGAACAGGGCGCGAGCCGAAGAGGGAGAGCAUAUCUCCGCGGGAACCGACGGUCCACGCGGUGGAAGGCGUCGCCGUCCUGGAGGAGUAUGUUCCAUACCUUUCCACGGGCAGCCUACGAGUGAAGCCUCGAUCUUUCCUAUGUUGCUCGUCGUGUUGACCGAUUGAUCUCACUACGUACAGUAGCUUCUAAGCGACGCGGCUCUCGGC